UUGCUUCAGAUUGAAUAUCCCGUCUCUGUCAUAGCAGUCGUCGGUCUCUACCGUACUGGCAAGAGCUUUUUGCUCAACAGAAUCUUGCUUGAACAAUCAGAUGGUUUUCAAGUUGGUCCCACUGUGAAUCCCUGCACGAAGGGGUUAUGGCUUUGGAACCGUGUGAUGAAGACCCAAGACAAAGACGGAAACACAGUCAACUACCUCAUCAUCGACACUGAGGGCAUUGGGGCCUUAGACACUAACAGCCAGCAUGAUUCAAUCAUUUUCUCCCUGGCUUUGCUGUUGUCGUCUUACUUUGUAUAUAACAGUGUUGGUUCCAUCGAUGAGGGAGCUCUGAACAAUCUUUCCCUCGUAGUUAACCUUACCAAGCACAUUCAUGUUAGGAGUUCCGCACAGGGUGGGGAGGAUGAUGGUGCAGACUUCGCUCAAUACUUCCCUUCAUUCAUGUGGCUAGUUCGCGACUUCACUUUGCAGCUGGUGAACCACGAUGGCCAGCCCUUCUCGGCUAAAGAAUAUCUUGAGCGGGCCCUGCAGCCAGUUCCAGGAUUUACGGAGCAGAUUGAGGCAAAGAACAGAAUCAGAAGGAUGCUUACACACUUUUUCCCGGACAGAGAUUGUUUUACGAUGGUGCGCCCUGUUACUGAUGAAUCCCUCCUUCAGAGACUCUCUCAAACCCCGUCCGACCAGUUGAGACCGGAAUUUCGUGAGCAAAUGCUUACUCUUCGAAAGACGAUCGUCUCUUGUGCCAAACCGAAGAAAAUGAAUGGAACCGAACUCGACGGAGUCGCGCUUGUGAACCUAGCAUAUGCGUACACCAUGUCUAUCAACACUGGAAGUGUUCCUUCUAUUCAGAAUGCCUGGAGUUACAUCUGUGAAAGCAAGUGUCAACAAGCUCUCAAUGAUGCCAUAUCAUCAUAUGACAAGCAAUCCAAGGAAAUGAUUGCCAACGAAUUGCCGUUGAGCAUGGAAGACCUAGAACACAAGCACCGAGCAAUGGAAAAACAGUCGUGGGCUCUAUUCCAGAAGCAUGCAAUCGGAUCUGAUACCGAAAAUUUUAAACAUCAACUCGAAGACAAGAUCCGUGAGUUGCAUAGAUUGCUGCAGAAUGAGAAUUCCGCUCGUGGACGCGACCGCGCUAAGGAGAUUCUUGAAAAGCUGUACAAGGACGUUGACGCGAAAGUACAAUCUGAUGAGUUUUCUGCUUUUGAAGAAUUUGAAUCAGAGAGGAAAACAGUUCGCUCCAAGUAUCUGGAGGAGGUACCGAAUGGACCUGCUAAACAAGAAGUUCUUUCUAGCUUCAUGGAACAAAAAUUGGCAGAGGUUGGAUUAAGAUUUGGCAACAGAUCAGAACGAGAGAUUCAAAAGGAGAAUAAGGCAUUGUGUACAGAGCUGAAGCAGCAGAAGGACGAACUCGAAAAGAUUGGAGGGCAAAAAGCAAAGGCUGAAAACGAGCAGCUCAAGCAAUUGAAGGAGAGAGAAACCGUCUUGCGAGAGUUGGAGCAGACGAAAGAAGCCGAGCUCUCUGAAGCGCGAGUCAAGAUCCAGAAUAUCAAGACAGAAGACGAAGCGAGAAUGACAAAGGAACGAGACGAGGCGAAGGCGAGAUAUGAAGACUUGAGGGUCAAGUCGGAAGAAAAGAUUCGUAAUCUCAAAGAGGAGAUUAACGCCAAGCUCACGGAAAACAAAGUUUUGAACGAGAGGAUUGAAAGCUUGAAGGCCAACGAACAGCGCAUCAACUCGUCUCUGCAAGAGAACAAAACAAGAUUGCACGAAGAGAAGGAAAACUUGUCCUCGCAAAUCAAAGGAUUGAAAGAGCAACUGCAGCAAACUCAGAAAGAGUUGAGUGACGAGAAGGGUGAACAUCAGAUGACUCGAUUGCGCUCCGAGAAGCAGGAAGAGUGGGAUCGUCGAGAGCUUGCUCAGCUGAAGGAGGAGUUGUCCGAAAAGAAGAAACUCAUGGAGAAUAUGAUAUCCAAAGACCUCUACAAACGAGACUUGGAGUCUCAAAAGUCACAGAAUCAGAGUGCGCUGGUAUUCUAUCCAGAGCAUGUAUUCAGAACCUCACACUUGGUGUAG